AUAAAAAGCGGUUCUAAAAUAAUCAUAGGGGCUCGAGAUGAGUGGUGUGUCCGUAUAUAAAUAGUCAAGCCGGUGGAAUCAUUAGAAAUUAAAUAGAGGGAGGGGAUAAUUAAAAAGUAUGAACACUAUCUUCUUCCUGGCACUCCUUGUUUCCUCACUAGGGAUAGCCAAAGGGCUCCAAGAAAAGGGCCCAACCCUUCAAAUCACCCAUGCUUACAGCUCCAGCUCACCGCUAAUCAGGCCGUCCAGAUCAUGGGCAGAGACGUUGGGCCAAAUGCAGACCGACGACGAGGCGCGGCUGAAGUACUUGGCGAGCCUCACCGCCGGCAGAUCCGAUGUUCCGGUAGCCAAUGCCCGGCAGAUUACCCAGAGCCAGACCUACAUUGUUAAGGCAAAGAUUGGGACGCCGGCCCAGACAUUGUUGAUGGCUGUGGACACUAGCAGUGAUGCUGCCUGGGUUCCUUGCUCUGGCUGCGUCGGUUGCCCCACCUCCGCCGCCGUCGUCUUUUUUGAUCCCUCCAAAUCCACCACUGUGUCAACCGCCGGCGGGUUCAACCUCACCACCGGCGGAGCCGUCUUGGCAGGUAGCCUGUUGCAAGACAACGUCACCCUCGCCGUCGACGCUAUCUCCAACUACACCUUCGGCUGCAUCCAGAGAGCCUCCGGCAGCACGGUACCCCCUCAGGGCUUAUUGGGCCUCGGCCGUGGGCCAUUAUCACUCUUAAACCAAGCCCGGGACCUUUACAACUUGACAUUCUCCUAUUGCCUGCCGGCCAUCACGACAUCCAGCUUCACCGGCUCACUAAGGCUAGGCCCAAGUGCUCAGCCCAAGAACAUCAAGUUCACCCAGUUGAUGAUGAACCCUCGGCGGCCGUCCGUGUACUACGUCAACUUGACCGCGAUUUUCGUCGGCAAUAAGAACGCCAACAUCGAUCCGGCCGCCCUUGCUUUUAACCCGGUCACCGGCGGGGGGACUGUUAUCGAUUCAGGUACGACGUACACAAGGCUAGUAACGCCGGCGUACGUAGCCGUAAGGGAUGAAUUCCGGCGGCGGAUGAAUGACUCGACGCUGUCAGCUUUGGGAGGGUUUGACACCUGCUACAAGAAUGUGGUGACUAAGAUACCAACCCUAACGUUCGUGUUCAACACGAUGAACGUGACGCUGCCCCCGGAAAACUUCCGUGUCAACAGCUCCACCGGGAACCUCACCUGCCUGGCCAUGGCGGCCACCACCGGGUUCAACGUCAUCGGCAGCCUGCAGCAGCAGAACCACCGCGUCCUGUUCGAUUUGCCCAAUUCCAGGCUAGGGGUUUCUCGUGAACCCUGCAGUUAGAUUUUUGAACUGAAUUUCGGGGUUACAAAUAAAACAGAGUUAUUUGAUUUUUAAAAAGUUAAUUAACGUAAUUGUUUUGUGGGUUUUUCUACGGAGUAUAUCUUUAUUUUGUUGUCGGAUUACUAUGGCCAAAUCUUGAUUUCAUAGUUGCCUUAUAUGGCUAGUGAUUCUGUUACUGUGCCCGCAAAGUCUUCGUCGGUCAAUAGCCAUUGAUGAUGAAAUAUAAAGCGACUCUUACUUGCACUAUAAUAAUGUUCAAUAAUGGUGUAUACUUUUGGUAUCUCACAUAGUAUGUUUUUGCUGGUCUGGUGUGGUCUGGUCAAGUUUGAACUGGUCUGGUCUGGUUUUAUUGUAUUUUUAUAACUAUUCAAGUCUGGUCUGAAUCUGUCUGGUUUGGUCUGGUCUGGGAUGAAUUACAGUCCAAGUAAAAACAUCCCUACUCUAUCUAUAAUACAGUUAAUUGUUGCAUAUUAUUACAAUAUCAUUAAUUAAUAUCUAAAUUGUUGAAUU